AUGCUUAUGGCGGGCGAGAUGAGCGACGAGCCUCCGAGGGAGUUGUUCCUGCGAGAGAGGAUUGACAGAUGGAUGGUCAACGAAGGAUACAGAAGGCUUUUUGUCGGUGUCUUCAUUCUACUGCAUGGAAUGGUUUUCGCCUUCGGCCUCCUCAACUACACUCUCAAGGACAAUCUCACCGGCGCCAGGGCCACCUUUGGACCUACUUAUGCUAUCGCUCGUUCGGCAGGCUUGGUGCUUCACGUCGAUGUCGCGUUGAUCAUGUUUCCUGUCUGCCGCAACUUAAUAUCUCUGCUGCGCCGGACGCCGUUGAACGGGAUCAUCCAGUUUGACAAGAACAUCGCUUUCCACAAGAUGACGGCUUGGUCCAUUGUCUUCUUUUCGUGGCUGCAUACCAUAGCCCACUGGAAUAACUUUGCCCAAUUUGCAGCGAAGCAAAAGCUCGGGUUUAAGGGGUUUGCACUCGUAAACUUUGCCACCGGACCUGGAUGGUCUGGCUACAUCAUGCUCAUAAUUCUGAUGGCUAUUGUCGCCACAGCGAUUGAGAAACCUCGACGCGCUAACUUCGAGCGUUUCUGGUAUACUCAUCAUUUGUUUACUCUUUUCUUCAUAUUCUGGUCCAUGCAUGGCGCAUUCUGCAUGAUCAAGCCCGAUUUCGAGCCAUACUGUGCGGGUACCGGCGUGUUCUGGCAGUACUGGUUGCUAGGUGGGUUCGCAUAUUUGGGAGAGCGUAUCGCUCGCGAAGUGAGAGGAAAGCACAAGACUUUCGUGUCGAAGGUCAUUCAACACCCCAGUAACGUUGUGGAGAUACAGAUCAAGAAGGAGAACACCAAGACCAGAGCUGGACAGUAUAUAUUCCUGUGUUGUCCGGAGGUUUCAAUCUGGCAAUAUCAUCCAUUCACCCUCACCAGUGCUCCUGAAGAGGACUACAUCUCGGUCCAUGUUCGUGCCGUAGGAGACUUCACAAAAGCGCUAGCCAUAGCCCUUGGAUGCGACUUCGAGAAACCGAAAUCGAAGAAGGAAAGAGGCAAGUCAAUGGUUAUAGGCGUUGCCGACGACGCGCCCGGGAGGGAUUCGCAUUUCCGCCGGAUCCUGCCAAGAGUCUACAUCGACGGGCCCUUCGGCAGCGCCUCAGAGGACGUCUUCAAGUUCGAAAUCGCGGUGCUGGUGGGUGCUGGCAUCGGUGUUACGCCCUUUGCAUCCAUCCUCAAGAGCAUCUGGUACCGCAUGAACUAUCCGCAAGGGAGGACAAGACUCCGCAAAGUCUACUUCUUCUGGAUAUGCCGAGACUUUGGGUCUUUUGAGUGGUUCCGCUCUUUGCUUUUGGCCAUCGAGGCGCAAGAUCUUCAGAAUCAUAUUGAGAUACACACGUAUCUUACGGCCAAGAUCAAGAUAGACGAUGCAACGAACAUUAUGAUCAACGACGCGGAUGCUGAGCAGGACGCUAUCACCGGACUUCGUGCGCCCACGAGCUUCGGGCGUCCGAACUGGGACAUGGUUUUCAAAUCCAUCCGCAAAAUUCAUGCUCCAGCAGAAGCUGGCGUGUUCUUCUGCGGACCGAAGCCCCUGGGAAGCGUGCUGCACAUCAAGUGCAAUAUGUACUCGGAACCUGGUUUCAAUUUCGUUUGGGGAAAGGAGAAUUUCUAG